AUGUCGGCAAGAAAACCCUCAAUUCAACCGAGACCUACGAAGGCCUCCAUGCUGCGAUUACAAAAGCAACAGGCGUCUGAAUCGUCUACUCCAUCUGCACCUCCAGAAGAGCCACCUCAACGUUCUGUUUCUCAUCCUAAAUCCAGCAACAGCACCAAGAAGGCUAGUAACGGAAUUGGUGCUACUGAUGGCGUCAAGGCAUUCAUGGCUCAGCAAAGAGCUAGAGUUGCUAAAAAGCCUACCAACGUCCCUGCUGAAGAACCAGUCCGAAAAAGUUCCCAGGUCAUGACAGGAGCACAAAGAUAUGGUGGUGCUGGAUCUAAUAAGGCCCCAGCUGUCAUUACACAGACACGAAAUAUUAAUAUUGUAAUCAAGCAAGCCAAGGCUCAAGGCAAAUUAAACAUUUCAAGCAGAGGCUUAACCAGUAUUCCUAAAGAGGUGAUCAAUAUGUAA